GUUCUCAACUCCUCUGAUACGGGCCCUUUCAUUCCGCCAGAUACGUCUCCGGCUCCCCCUUUCAUCCCAUUUAAUCCCCUCAUUCCCGUCUCGGGUCUAUUUCUCUAUCACAUAUAGCAUUUGGGCGCCAUGGUUGCUUCUGCUGUCCGGAUGCGCGCUCCCAGCGCCAUGUUCCUCUCCAAAGGCGCCCUCUCCCUGAAGCGGCCGCAAACUGUUCACAGAUUCAAGGACAUCGCUCAAUCUCAAUUGCCUUCCCUGUCCGCCCUUUCCCGUUUUUAUGCCUCCAAGUCCUUCCCUCCCCACACUGUCAUCAGCAUGCCGGCCUUGUCGCCGACCAUGUCCGCCGGAAACAUUGGAGCUUGGCAGAAGAAGGCCGGUGAUUCCCUGCAGCCCGGUGAUGUCCUGGUAGAGAUCGAGACCGAUAAGGCCCAGAUGGACUUUGAGUUCCAGGAAGAGGGUGUUCUGGCCAAGGUUCUUAAGGAGACUGGCGAGAAGGACGUCUCUGUCGGUUCUCCUAUCGCUGUUUUGGUUGAGGAAGGUGUCGAUGUUGCCGCUUUCGAGGCUUUCAGCCUGGCGGAUGCCGGUGGUGAGAAGGCUGCUCCUGCUGCUGAGGAGAGCAAGCAGGAGUCCAAGGCCGCUGAGGCUGCCCCGGCUUCUGAGCCCGCCCCUGCUGCCGUGGAGCCUGAGACUUCCGGCGAGAAACUCCAGCCCAGUCUGGACCGUGAGCCUUCCAUCAGCCCUGCUGCCAAGGCCCUGGCUUUGGAGAAGGGUGUGCCGAUCAAGGCUCUCAAGGGUACCGGCCGUGGUGGCCAGAUCACUAAGGAGGACGUUGAGAAGUACAAGCCCAGUGCUUCUGCCGGCCCUACCUACGAGGACAUCCCCCUGACCUCCAUGCGCAAGACCAUUGCUAGCCGCCUCCAGCAGUCCGUGCGCGAGAACCCUCACUUCUACGUCUCCACCACUUUGUCUGUGAGCAAGCUCCUCAAGCUUCGUCAGGCUCUGAACGCUUCCUCCGAGGGCAAGUACAAGCUUUCCGUCAACGACUUCCUCGUCAAGGCCUGCGGUGCCGCCCUCAUGAAGGUCCCCACCGUCAACUCUAGCUGGCAUGAGGAGAACGGCCAGACCGUCAUCCGUCAGCACAAGACCGUCGACGUCAGUGUUGCCGUCUCUACCGCCAAUGGCCUCAUCACCCCCAUCGUCAAGAGCGUUGAGGGCCGUGGUCUGUCCAGCAUCUCCAACCAGAUCAAGGACCUGGGCAAGCGCGCCCGCGACAACAAGCUCAAGCCCGAGGAGUACCAGGGUGGCACUUUCACCAUCAGCAACAUGGGUAUGAACCCUGCUGUUGAGCGCUUCGCCGCCGUCAUCAACCCCCCUCAGGCCGGUAUCCUGGCUGUUGGCACCAUCCGCAAGGUUGCCGUCCCCGUCGAGACUGAGGAGGGCACCUCCGUUGAGUGGGAUGACCAGAUCAUCGUCACUGGUAGCUUCGACCACCGUGUCGUCGAUGGUGUUGUCGGUGCUGAGUGGAUCAAGGAGCUGAAGAAGGUUGUUGAGAACCCCCUCGAGCUUCUUUUCCUAGAUAUUCUCAAUGCAUUUCCUAUGUUCCGUACUUCCAUGAUGUUAAGCCUUGCAGGAUGUUUCGGACUAUUCACACGACUCACUUAUUCAUCAUGUCUUACGCAGAAGCUGCUGCCAAAGGUCCCAAGCAAUCCGCAGAGGAGGCGUAAGUCAACAACAUCACAGUACAAAGACCCUUUCAUACAGCUAACGCCAUGUAGCCGUGCCCCCAGCGUUGGUGGAGUGUACCGCGACGAAGCCGAGAGCACCGCUUCCCUGGUCGACGUCGACUCGCCGCACGUCCAGGCCGUGGAUCCCAAUUUCCUGAAGCAAGACGUGCAGACCACCACCCAGGCCGAGCGGAUAGAGCGAGAAGAAGAGGAGCGGGAAGCCUACGAAGAACGGAGAGCCAAGAGCAAGGCUAAGGCUAAAGCUAAGGCGAAGGCUGAAUCGGCUCGCAGCAACGCGCACAACCCUGUGUACCUCGGAAAUGCUGUGAUUCUGGCCUUGACCGGCGCUGGUCUGGGGUAUGGAGCAUACCGGAAGCAUGCUGCUGGGCAGCUUUCGUGGGAAGUGAUUGGAUGGGCCUCUGGCGCUAUUGGUGCUUUUGGUGCCGUGGACUACUUUGUUAGCAAAUGGCUUCUGCAGAACAAGUACCCUCCGAAAUAAGGCUUGAAGUCGAGACGGAGCACUUCGUGGAGUCGUGAUAUCCCAGUGUCAAUUCCGCGGUCUAUUACUUUUUUUUACUGUUGGUUGUACUCCUUUAGGGUACAUGAGGCGUUUGUGCAGUCUUUGGGCGUCAUAGUGUGUCUGUUACUAGUAUAUCCCUAAUGGAUUGAUCUCUUCUUAG